UUGAGUUUGUGAUGUCAGUUGGUCAACAUGGCGAUGACCUGAUGGAGAGAACGGGGGGCACAAAGUUUCUCGUCGAAGGCGUGAAAAAUGCCCGAAAAUUCAUCUUCCUGGGUUGUAAUGGUUUAAGAGGAUGCACUGAACUGCCUCUUUGACCAGGAUGGAAACAAGCUCAGAAAAUGAAGUAAAAUUGGAGGAAGCACCCUCAGAUAAAGAAUCUGGGAUAGGAUGUCAGGGAUUUGAGGACAAGGAAAAGUCUGAACAGCAACACCACCAUGAUGAUAAGCAAUUGGAUGCAUCCUACCAAAUUCCUGCACUUUCAAAGUCCAGAGUGUUCUUUUUGAACAUCUCUUGGUUUGGCAUGAAUGUAAUGUAUCUUAUUCUCUCUGUUGAGGUUGUGCCAUCACAAGUUUAUGCACUGGUAGGUUCAGGGCAGAAGGGUCAAGUGCUUGGAGGCAUGGUGGCUGCUGGAGCAGGUAAUGAUCGUCUUGUGUCGCAGUAUGGAAAAAGACGCCCUUUGAUGCUUGGCGGAACUGUGUUACUUUGUAUAUCACUUUUUGGAAUGGCAUUUAGUGCUCCUGAUAUUGAAAGUGACAUUUCCAAUGUUACGUGCUCUAUGGAUUUAAAGCUGCGGCGAUGCCUGCCUUACUAUAACCUGACCAUCUUAGAGCAAUCAGAGGACAAUUCUACCGUGAAUUCGGACACAAGCUUCUUACUGAGUAUGUUAAUGGGAAUGAAAUGGGUUAACAGGGUUUCUCCUGUUGACACUCACAUUGCACUUCAGUUUGAAAUUACAAGUCUGUACAUUGCAUUCUAUCUGUGUGUAAUGGCAUGCUAUUCCAUAAUGAGCGUGCCAUAUAAUGGACUGAUAGCUGAUCUGACCCCACCAUUUCAAAGAGAAAAUUGGAGUGGUGGGCACGUAUUCCCUGGUAGCCAUCCUGUACUUUUUAUGUGUAGUGCUUACUGUGUUCUCCUGCCCAGAGCAAAUUCUAACCACAUAGUAUUUGUUAGUUCUGUUAUAGGAGGCUUCCUAUCUGAUAGGCUUGGUAGAAGAAAACCUCUUGUUAUUGGAUCAGCAAUAUUAAUGAGUGUCUGUGCAGUGAUACUGGCUGGAUUGCAGGGGAAAUAUGCUUUUUACGCUUCAAUGCCAGUAGCCUUAACAUUUGGGGUGGGCUUUGGAGCUUAUUGUGCAGUGGAUUUUGCACUUGUGAUGGAUGUUCUCCCUAAUGACAGAGAAAAAGCUAAGGAUCUGGCUGUUUGGCACCAGGCCCUUGUCCUGCCACAAGCCAUUGCCACACCCACGGGAGGUAUCAUAUUGGACAUGUUUGAGAAGCUGAGAUGUGAUAUAGGACUUGGUUAUAUUAUCCUAUUCCUCGUAACAUCUGUGUACUUUGUUCUUAGUGGUAUUUUUGUUUACAACAUUAAGAAAGCCAAAUAGAAUAAAUAUAUCUUAUUAACCAAGCGCAAGGGCUGUAC